UGCAGGUGGGCACUGAUGGGCGUCGAAGGAGAGUCCAGGCUUCCCUGUGCUUGGAGAAGCAAGUUUGAGGAUCUGUGUGCACAAAAUCAUUUUUGUAACGGCAAUUACUGUCCCUGAGAAGGCAUUAAAGUUAAUGAGAGAUAGGAAAGAGUGGGGCUCUGACCCCCGUUUAAAGCCAUUUAAGAGUAUGCAGUGCUUGUUUUCUGAAUGUCUGGCCUUCCCGACACAAGGAGGCUCUGAGGACAGGUUUUCCAGCCGAAAUAUCAUUAAAUUGUAUUAGCAUCUUAUUACAUACACGCCUUAGUGGUCUGCCUCAGACAGGGAGAGUUUUUGUUUCUCUUUGAAAGAUUGUGUCUGGAAUGGUAAAUUGCCUGCUUGAAAGCCUCCCCCACUCCCCCUUUUUUAAGGAGGAAGACGAAAUCCUGCUGUGUGUGGUGGCUGUCAGGGCAGGCCUGGUGGCCCCCAGAGAGGAGAGGCUGGAGGCCAGGUUGGGGUGUUUUAACUGCCCAGGGAGCGGCUGCAGUAGCCGGCCUGAAAGGCCCACUGUUCCAGGGUCAGCUGGAAGGGCGUUAAUGGAAGCCCAGGGUGUUUAUUUGAGUUUAUUUGCAGAGAAGUCUUUAAAGGGGGCUGGCACUGGGCAUUGAUGUUUCAAGUCCAGACCCAAGGCCCCCACUAAGACCAGUGACUAGUGCUGCCAAGAAAACAUCUGCCACCAAAUUGCUGCCCUAUUACUAAGUUGACAUUGAUCAUUAGCCAGGAGCCCAACCAAAUAAAGAGUCCUGGGAAACGUGUGAGGUUAAGAUGGGGAAGAGGGCUGUGAAAACAGGACGAAUCUUGGGCUGGGGUGUUUGUUCCUGCAAGCGACAGGCAGGCCCGCUGGGCCGGACGGUCCCCACACUUCCAGAGGGAGGGGACAAGAACACACUCAGCACUCUGCACGUAUCGAGCCCCUAUUCUGUGCUGAAUGCUAUGCACGGAGGGCAAGGGGGCCCAGCAGGGAUCCAGACAGGCUUACUUUCAUGGAACAUAUAUUCUGGAGGAGAAGGAUGUUGGACAAGUAGAUUGGCAAACACAAAUUAUGAUGGAUGCUCUGAAGACGCUAAAUAACAGGAUGAUGGAAGAGAAGAGGCGAAAAUACUCCAUCAGCAGCGACAACUCUGACACCACUGACAGCCACACUACAUCUGCCUCAAGAUGCUCCAAACUGCCCAGCAGCACCAAGUCGGGCUGGCCCCGGCAGAACGAAAAGAAGCCCUCAGAGGUUUUCCGGACAGACUUGAUCACAGCGAUGAAGAUCCCAGAUUCAUACCAGCUCAGCCCGGAUGACUACUACAUCCUGGCGGAUCCGUGGCGACAGGAAUGGGAGAAAGGUGUGCAGGUGCCCGCCGGGGCAGAGGCCAUUCCAGAACCCGUGGUGAGGAUCCUCCCGCCGCUGGAAGGCCCCCCUUCCCAGGUGUCCCCUAGCAGCUCCGAACUUGGCGAGGGCUCCCAGCCUGAUUGGCCAGGGGGCAGCCGCUAUGACCUGGACGAGAUUGACGCCUACUGGCUGGAGCUCAUCAACUUGGAGCUCAAGGAGAUGGAGAGGCCAGCGCUGGACGAGCUGACCCUGGAGCGUGUGCUGGAGGAGCUGGAGACACUGUGCCACCAGAACAUGGCGCGGGCCAUUGAGACGCAGGAGGGGCUGGGCAUCGAGUAUGAUGAGGACGUCGUCUGUGACGUGUGCCGCUCUCCCGAGGGCGAAGACGGCAACGAGAUGGUCUUCUGUGACAAGUGCAACGUCUGCGUGCACCAGGCCUGCUAUGGGAUCCUCAAGGUGCCCACAGGCAGCUGGCUGUGCCGGACGUGUGCCCUGGGUGUCCAGCCAAAGUGCCUGCUCUGCCCCAAGCGAGGAGGAGCCUUGAAGCCGACCAGAAGUGGGACCAAGUGGGUGCACGUCAGCUGCGCUCUGUGGAUUCCUGAGGUCAGCAUCGGCUGCCCCGAGAAGAUGGAGCCCAUCACCAAGAUCUCCCAUAUCCCAGCCAGCCGCUGGGCUCUGUCCUGCAGCCUGUGCAAGGAGUGCACGGGCACCUGCAUCCAGUGUUCCAUGCCUUCCUGCAUCACGGCAUUCCACGUCACAUGCGCCUUUGACCAUGGCCUAGAAAUGCGGACUAUAUUAGCAGACAACGACGAGGUCAAGUUCAAGUCAUUCUGCCAGGAGCACAGUGACGGGGGCCCGAGGGUUGAGCCCACAUCGGAGCCGGUGGAGCCCAGCCCGGCCGGCGAGGACCUGGAGAAGGUGACUCUGCGCAAGCAGCGACUGCAGCAGCUGGAGGAGGACUUCUAUGAGCUGGUGGAGCCGGCCGAGGUGGCUGAGCGCCUGGACCUGGCCGAGGCGCUGGUCGAUUUCAUCUACCAGUACUGGAAGCUGAAGAGGAAAGCCAAUGCCAACCAACCGCUGCUGACCCCCAAGACCGACGAGGUGGACAACCUGGCCCAGCAGGAGCAGGACGUCCUGUACCGCCGCCUGAAGCUCUUCACACACCUGCGGCAGGACUUGGAGAGGGUUAGAAAUCUGUGCUACAUGGUGACAAGGCGGGAGAGAACGAAACACGCCAUCUGCAAACUCCAGGAGCAGAUAUUCCACCUGCAGAUGAAACUUAUUGAACAGGAUCUGUGUCGAGAGCGGUCUGGGAGGAGACCAAAGGGCAAGAAGAGCGACUCGAAAAGGAAAAGCCGUGAGGGCCCAAAGGGCAGCCCUGAGAAGAAAGAGAAAAUGAAGGCAGGGCCCGACUCAGUCCUGGGGCAGCUGGGCCUGUCCACCUCGUUCCCCAUCGACGGCACCUUCUUCAACAGCUGGCUGGCGCAAUCGGUGCAGAUUACAGCGGAGAACAUGGCCAUGAGCGAAUGGUCACUGAAUAAUGGGCACCGCGAGGACCCUGCGCCCGGGCUGCUGUCGGAGGAGCUGCUGCAAGACGAGGAGACGCUGCUAAGCUUCAUGCGGGACCCCUCACUGCGACCCGGCGACCCUGCCAGGAAGGCCCGUGGCCGCGCCACCCGCCUGCCUGCCAAGAAGAAGCCACCACAGGAUGGGCCUGGUUCACGGACGACUCCGGACAAACCCCCCAAGAAGCCCUGGGGCCAGGAUGCAGGCGGCGGCAAGGGGGGUCCAGGUCAAGGACCACCUGCCAGGAAACCACCACGGCGAACACCUUCGCACCUGCCGUCCAGUCCUACAGCUGGGGACUGUCCCAUCCCCACAGCUCCCAAGAGCCCCCCACCGCUGGCCCCUGACACCCCCGACGAGGCAGCCCCCAUGGCCGCCGACUCGAAUGUCCAAGUGCCUGGCCCAAUGGCAAGCCCCAAGCCCUCAGGCCGGCUGCGCCAGUCCCGCGAGAGCAAGGGAACCCGGAGGUCAUCGGGUGCCAGGCCUGAUGCUGGGACAGGACCUCCUUCUGCUGUGGCCGAGAGGCCAAAGGUCAGCUUACACUUUGACCCUGAGACUGAUGGCUUCUUCUCUGAUAGGGAGAUGAGCGACUCAGAUGUGGAGGCUAAGGACAGCGGGGUACAGCGGGGUCCCCGGGAAGCAGGGGCUGAGGAGGUGGUCCGCAUGGGGGUUUUGGCCUCCUAAGUCACCCCUACCCCGUCUCAGGCCCUGCCCCAGUCCCCCACGAGGCCUCAGCCCAGUCACAACUGCCAUUUCCAAUCUGCUGAGUGUCCCAGACUCUCAAGGCUGCCACUCUGUUGUGGUUUUAUUUUUAAUACAGAGAGAGUUUCGAAUUCUACACUGUUGUCUUUCCUCUGUGCUGGCCUAGGACAUUAGGAUUCCUCCCACAGCUCUGGCUGCAGGACCGGGCCAAGUCCUGUGCAGCACCCAUGUGGCGGCGGCAGCCCCGCCCGGCGUCGCUGGGCUCCUGGCUAGAUGCAGACAAGGUGAAGGAGAGCUCAGGACGCCAGCCCGCUGCCACUGGGUGACACAGAAUGUCGUUUGGGCAUUAUUUCAUGGCAGAUGGGCCGGCCCAGGGCCUGCCCACCUUGCCCUCAAAUUCCACUGGAGUCCAUUUGGGGGGUCCUGCUGCACUCCACUGAUCCCCAAGGAAGUCUAUAAUAAGUGAUACCCAGCCAGAGUCUACUCACUGUCACAAGCACAACGAGCUUACAUGAGAAAGCACUGAGGGGGCGCAGAGGGCCCUGCUGGUUCCAGGGGAACCACCACCGCUCCUGUCAACCCACAUCGAAGGCCUGCCCACCCACCCCGCGACCCUCCACUCCCUCGCUGCUCGGCCCCUGCCAGCGCCCAGCCCUGCAGCCCCGGGAAGGGGUUUCCAGAAUCCUUCCUGAGCUGUGCCACUUACUCAGGGGACUCCCAGGCAGCCAGCCACCAGUGCCAGUGGAGGGCUGCCAGGGAGGGCCAGUGCCCAGACGGGGGCGUGGGCUCAGACUUGCCCGCGGAGAAUCGCUCCGGGCUCCAACUUCCUUCCUUCCGUAGGAGCCAGUCUCGGCCAAAGUCUGGUCACUCCCAGACAGCUGACCAGGCCGUUCGCCUUUUCAGGUUUCCCAGUCCUGCUAAGAGAUGAGCUGCUUCCUCGGUUUCCUUCUGGAAACUCCUUCCAACUAGCAGUGGGAUCCCGGGGCCCAGGCGGCCGCCUUGGCUGCUGGGGCUGUUUUCAGUCUUGCUGGAGGUUCCUGGUUCCUCUCCCUGUGAGCCUUAACCCCCUUUCCCAACUGUGCCCUCCCUCCCCACCACCCACCCUCCUCUCCCCCCUCCCCUCCCCUCCAGGUCCAGGUAGUUGCUCUGAAGAGUUUUAGUGGAGUGGCCCCAGGGUGAUAGCUCAGGGAACAAACAAAAAAGGAAUUCAGUGAAAACGUGUGUUUUUUUCAUUUGUGAAUUACUCCUGGGUCACUUCCGCCACUGGUAAAGCCAGAACUUCUCCAACAAGAACCUUGCAAAAGUCCAGUGACAGUCGAGUCAUUCUGUGGAUGCCAAAGAAUAUUUUGACCAUAAUACAGCACAGCCUGGACCCAGCACCUUGUCACUUGGACUUUUUUUAAAGGAGUUCUUUAGCAACAGCUUACAGGAACAUGUUCCUUGCACACACCCAAGGAGACCAGCCCGAGCUCUUGGAAGAGGAUGCUGUUCCGCCGCCCGACUGUGGAAACCGGAACCAGGUGUUGGAUUUCAAAUCCUGGACUGGGCCCACCGUGAGCUUUCAGAAACGGCCUCACAGUGGGGAGGAACACGCGGGAAACCGGCACGGCCCAAGUCCUGACCGUGAGGUUCCCCCGUGCGAAUGAACACACAGCGCAAUUCGGGGAUGGGGAGCAGCUUGACCACUCGCCCCCGACUCCACAACUACCGAGGUACGACAGUGGCGUUGUCAUUGACACUCAGCUUUAUGUGAAUUUUAGCAAAACAGGAAACAAAGGUGAUGACUCAGUUCAGGGGAUCGGACGAAUGUGUCCGGUUGGAAUGGACUCAGCAGGCUUCAAGGACUCCGGGCGUUGGGAUGGCAUGAGCUACCGCGUAGUUUAGUCUGCCUGCCACCUGGGUAGCAGUGGCCAGUGCAGUGUCAGCAGCAGCGUCCCAACCCCGUUCUCUGUUUACUGCCUUUGAACAGACCUCCUUCCUCCCCCGUGCUUCACGUCACAGCCUUGUCUGUGCUGGAUUGCUCAGUCUGACCUCGCAGGAAGCAAAGGGAUGAGCUUAAAGAACAACCAAACUUUCCCUGGGGUGAGGGGACUAGGGUGCCAGGAAUGGCUUCGGUCCAGGAAACUCAGCACUUGCCCCCUGACCCCUUCAUCCAUCCCAAGGCAGGGUCUGGGCCCCCUGGAGGCAGGAGAGAACCUGGGAGGGAGUACGGGGCAGCUGGCACUCUUCAGGGGCCUCUGCUCAGGUUGGCUCUGGGUUCUGGCCCUCUUCUCUCCUGCCUCUUGCUUUGUUUGGGCAGAUUAUCGCUGGGGCAUGGUGUCUGGUUAGGCUGGUGGGGGCCCCUCCCAGGCCAGGCCAGGCCCUAACCUCCCCUCACCAGGCAGCUGCCCACCUUCAGGAUGUCCACCUGCUGCAAGGAGGACGAGGAUGCCGGGUCCACUUCUUCCCUCCAUUAGUCACGGCCCCUUCACUCUUUGUCCAGCCUCUGUCCAUCGUGUUGAAGGUCUUGCCACCCCUGAGGUUAAGGUGAGGAGAAGGCAGACGGGAAGAGGCCUUUCCAGGCCGGAGGCUGGGGCAGAUCUUGCCCCCGCCCACACUGCCCACACUCACUGGCCCUCAGGGAGGGAGAAGCUGCUGUCACUCAUCCUGGCCGUCAUCCUCAUUUCCCAGGCCCAGCUGCCCACCGUCCCCUCCCCCCUCAUCACAGUGAGAAAGGAUAAUGUGCAAGGGAAGUAUUUUUAUGGAUCAUAAAUGUAUUUUACAGCAAAUGAGGAGAAAGGUAGAAGGGUUUAUUUUAUUAAAUGAGCACUGACUUGGUGACAGUGCGUGAGAGGCCACCCAGGUUUCCACAUGGGGGCUGGACUGUGGCUGUGCCCACGUGCAUGCGUGUCCCUGGGGGUGGAUGGGCACACCAUGGGACGUGCUAGGGCAGUUCCUAGAGAAUCAGCUGCCCAGCUCUAACAGACAUGGGCAACAGCUGGACUUGGCCUUCCCUUGCUCACUGCCGGAUGUGGCCAACCUCUGCCCAUGUCCAAAGCUCUGCAGAAUGGUCUGGAUGCCUGUGGCAAGGUCCUUGGGGAGGCCACUUCCCAUGCCCCUGGCCCAGCUGGCCACAUUGGCCAAAGAGCCAGGGCUGGAGUCUGGGACUUUUGGUUGUUCUUUAGGGCACUUCCUGCCACCUUGUCCCUCAGAUGCACAACACUCUGUGCUCCACGUCGGCUCGGGGUGGGGGAUGAUAUGAAUGUCACAGGAGGAGACACCUUCUGUCUUUGUUUCAAAGAAAGUGAUGUGCCAUUUGUUAAUAUACAAGAGAAAUAUUGAAAAUAUAUUGAAAAGAGCAAUUUUAAAUUAUUUUUGGCUUAUGUUGCAAUAUUUAUUUUCUUGUAUUAGAAAAGAUUCCUUUGUAGAGAAAAAAUGUAUUUUUCAUUAACGCAAAGACCUAUUUCUCCUUUUUGUACAUUGUCCGUGUUCGCUACCCUUGAUGAGCAAUAGAAUGUAUGGCCGCCCUGGUGUGGCCAGCGCCCACCGUGCCCUGCAUGACAUGUGUUGCCGCUGCUACGUAGCUUUCAGUCCCAUCCUGUCCUGCUCACUCCUGGGCUUCCAGACCUGGCCACCCCCAGGGCCUGUGUCUCAAGGAGCCCUUUGCACUCCUCAUGUGUUGGCAAACGCAGUUAAUAAAGCAAUGUUUUCUGUG